AUGAUUCCACAAGCAAGGCCUACUCCAUGUGUAGAUUCAUCCAACGACAACUUAUGUAUCUCCCCAACAAUCUUUCAACUCAUGUUUUUGUGCUCUUCGUUCUUGCUCAUGUCCAUUGGAGCUGGGGGUAUCCGGUCGGCUUCAAUGGCCUUCGGCGCAGAUCAGCUCCAAGAUGACGCACAGAGCUUGAACAGAACAGGUGCCAUGGAGACUUACAUAAACUGGUACAGUGCUACCUCCGCAUUGUCAGUUGUGAUUGCGAUGACAUUUAUUGUGUAUAUUCAAGAUAACUUGGGCUGGAAAAUUGGCUUUGGGGUUCCUUUAGUGCUCAUGUUCUUGUCAGCCCUUUCGUUCUUCUUGGCUUCCUCUUUGUAUGUGAAAUCAAAGCCGAAUUCCAGCUUGAUCACAGGGUUGAUUCAAGUGAUAGUAGCUUCUUUCAAGAAGAGAAAUCUUUCAUUGCCAUCAAAUGAAAAUGAUUUGUUGUAUCACCACGAUAUGAAUUCUGUACUAACCUUUCCUAGUGAGAAAAUAAGGUUUUUGAACAAAUCUUGUAUGAUUGAAGAUCCAAAUGAGGACCUUAGUCCAAACGGAAGUGCAUCAAAUCCAUGGACCCUUUGCACUGUGGAUCAAGUAGAAGCCUUGAAGAAACUAAUCAUGCUAAUCCCUCUUUGGUCCACAGGAAUCCUCAUGUCAGUAAAUAUCAGUCAACCGUCAUUCCCAGUCCUGCAAGCCGGUUCAAUGGACAGACACAUCACACAAAAUUUUCAAAUACCAGCCGCAACCUUCUCCAUGUUCACGAUCAUUUCCUUGGUGGCUUGGGUAUUGCUAUACGACCGCAUACUCAUUCCAGUGGCAUCUUAUAUUCUAGGAAGGCCUGCACGGUUGAGCCCCAUCACUAGGAUGGGACUAGGGAUAUUCAUGUCAUUCUUAUCUGUGGUUGUGGCAGCUUACGUGGAGAGUGUGAGGCGAUCUGUUGCAAUAAAAGAAGGGCUUGUGGAUAAUCCGAAAGGUAUGGUUCCAAUGUCUGCGUUUUGGCUAUUGCCUCAACACAUGUUGAUGGGUGUGGCGGAGGCACUCAAUAUGGUGGCUCAGAUAGAGCUGUAUAUGUGUGAGUUGCCUAGAGGUAUGACUAGCAUUGCGGCUAAUCUUUCAACCAUUUCCAUGGGUUUAGGCGGAAUAUUAGCUAGCUUUAUAAUGAAUACCAUUGAUGGGAUUACCAAAGGAGGAGGAAAUGAGAGUUGGCAUUUUGAGGUUCCAUAUGGUGUUAUAAUGUCUUUCUUCCCCAGUGGAAAAACAGAAGCUACUAAUACAUUCUCAAUGAGCUAUGACUCUACUAAUCUGACAAAUGUUAACACUGAUGAUUCUGUUCGUGAUGAACAACUCAAUGCAACCCACAUUUCAGAAAGAAAUAAUGAAUACAUAAACGGAUCUAGUGAUGCUGUUUCCCCAGCAUUUCCAUCUAUAGUAUCUCCAGAAGCUUUACCACCCAAUUCGAAUGCGAAUCUCGAUAGUAGCUCAUUAAAUUCGGACAGUUAUUCCUCUAUAGAAAAUGCCCCUUCUCCAAUGAGUCAAUCGUUUGAAAAGAAAAUGUCAGAUGUUGUGUCGAUUGCUGAAAUGAGAGCCUUGUUGUUUGAGAGCCGUUCUUCAUUGUUCUCAACGAAACCGGGAUGGUCUUCCAUGGUGGAUAACAAUUUGACAGAGGUGAAGUCACAAAUAGUGAACUCACAGAAUCUGGAAAGUAAUUCUGAACUCUAUGCUCCACUUUUUCGAAAUGAGUUAUGA